AUGGUCAUCGCCUACUUCUUCCACGCUCUAUUCCCCUCUCCUCGCCUUUCAACCGACGCCCACCGUCAUCGACGCUGUAACAUCAACAACUCCCCACGUCACGGGCCGAGGGCCCGUCACACAGGCCAUGCGUCGCACUCGCCUCCGAAGCGCGGGAGUAGCUCCCAGUCUGGCACGUCGUCCGGAUCUUCGGGAUCGCAGCGCUCAGUGCUGCCCAUGCCUGGCGCCUGGCCUGUCAGUAGGCAAAGUUCUGUCUGGAGGAAACGGCGUCGGCAGGAGGCGCACCUUCGCGACACGUUGGCCACGAACCAGCACAAGCUCGACGCGCUUCUGCGUAAGCACCAGGAAUCCCAGGAGAGGUUGCAACGCAUGCUUGAGGAGGAGGAAGAGCGUUCGAAGAAGGAGCGGCGACUUGCGGAAGAGAGGCAGCGGCAGCAGGAGGAAGAGAUAGCACGCAUACGCCGUGAGGAGAUGGAACGCGUGAACGAGGCGCAUCGCCAGCAGGAGGAGGAGGAAGCCUUUCGACGCGCAGUAGCCGAGGCACGCGCGGAGGCGCGCCGCGAAGCGCGGGCAAGCCUGGAACGGGAGGAUGCACGCCGUCAAGAGGGGGAAGCGCGUCCCCAGACGGAAGAGGAGAAAGCCUUUCGACGCGCGGUAGCCGAGGCUCGCGCGAAGGCACGCCGCGAAGCGCGGGCAAGCCUGAAACGGGAGGAUGCACUUCGCCAAGAGGCGGAAGCGCGUCGCCAGCGGGAUCAAGAGGAAGUCUUUCGACGCGUAGUAGCUGAGGCAUGCGCGGAUGCACGUCGCGAAGCACGAGCACGUCUGGAACGGGAGGCUGCACGCCGCCAAGAGGAGGAGGCGCUUCGCAAGGAGAUGGAGGAGGCGCUUCGCCAGCAGGAGUGGGCACGCCAGAAGGAGCGCGAAAUGCGCGAGCGCCGGGAGGCCCAGCGCGAAGAAGAGCUCCGGCGUCGCCUUGAGGAGAACAUUCGUCGCCAGUCCGAAGAGAGCAUGCGUCGUCGCACUGAAGAAGACAUGCGCAGCCAAGCGUUCGCGGAGUACGAGAGGAAGUGGAAGGUCUUGCAAGAUGUGUCCAACGGCACUCACAAUCCCGCGCCUGGCACCGUUUGCGGCUUGCUUGAAUUUCCCUGGCCCGCUUUCAACGGUCAUGUCACCCUAGACUCCGCGUCGGUGGCUAACUUUCUUCUUCAUCCCGAGCGUCCCGGGAAGUCUCGCACCCCUCGUCAGACUGUGCGUAAGGAGUGCUUACGCUGGCACUCCGACAAGCUGGUCAAUAUCAUGCCCGUAAUCCGCGAGGGGGAGCGGGAGGCUGUUCUGGAGUCUGCUAAUAAUGUCAUGAUCAUCCUAAACGACCUUAUGUCUCGCCUCUGA